AUGGAGGCGUCGUCGUCUCUGUGGAGCGGCCUCAACUCCGGCAUCGUGCUGAGCCUACUGGCCGUUGUCUGGACCAUGCUAUGGCAGGCGCUGCAGGGGCUCCAGCUGCACCACUUCUUCGGGCGCCACUCCCGCCGCCUGACGCGCCGCCUCGCGUCCAUCCUGGACCCGGACCUCACGGUGACCGUCGCCGAGUACGACGGCGGGCGCAUGCGCCGCAGCGACGCGUACAAGGAGGCCAAGGCGUACCUGGAGCGCGCCACGCGGGAGGCCCGCGGGUCAGGCGGGGUGCGCCACCUCAGGGCGGAGCCCGACAAGGACCCCGACCGCGUCCUUCUCAGCAUGGACGACGACGAGGAGAUCACCGACGAGUUCCGGGGCGCCGUCGUCACGUGGCGCGCCUGCACCGCGCCGCAGCGCGAGGACACCGGGCUGGCGUACUACUGGCGGGGUGGCGCCCCGCGCGAGCGCAGGUCCUACAAGCUCUUCUUCGCCGAGCGCCACCGCGACCUCGUCCUCGGAGAGUACCUCACCCACGUCCGCCGCCAGGGACGCGCCGUCAUGGUCCAGAACCGCCAGCGCAAGCUCUUCACCAACAUCUCCGGCGACGGCUCCUGGGACUCCGACGGCUUGUGGUCCGACAGUGUGUGGAGCCACGUGGUGUUCGAGCACCCCAAGACGUUCGCGACGCUGGCCAUGGACCCGGCCAAGAAGAAGGAGGUGAUGGACGACCUGGACGCGUUCCGCAACGGCAAGGACUACUACGCGCGCGUCGGCAAGGCGUGGAAGAGAGGGUACCUCCUGUACGGUCCGCCGGGGACGGGCAAGUCCACCAUGAUCGCGGCCAUGGCCAACCACCUCGACUACGACGUGUACGACAUCGAGCUCACGUCCGUGCGCACCAACACCGACCUCCGCAAGCUCUUCAUCGAGACCACCAGCAAGUCCAUCAUCGUCAUCGAGGACAUCGACUGCUCGCUCGACCUCACCGGCAAGCGCAAGAAGAAGAAGAAGAAGGAGAAGGAGGAGGCCGACAAGAAGGACGGUAAGGAAGAGGACAAGGAGAAGGAGGACGACAAGGCGGGCGGCAGCAAGGUGACGCUCUCCGGCGUGCUCAACUUCAUCGACGGGCUGUGGUCGGCGUGCGGCGGCGAGCGCAUCAUCGUGUUCACCACCAACCACGUGGAGAAGCUGGACCCGGCGCUGAUCCGGCGCGGCCGCAUGGACAAGCACAUCGAGAUGUCCUACUGCUGCGUCGAGUCCUUCAAGUUCCUCGCCAAGGUCUACCUCGACGUGGACGACCACCCGCUCUUCGGCGCCGUGGCGGCGCUGCUGCGGGAGGUGGAGAUGACGCCCGCCGACGUCGCGGAGAACAUGACGCCCAAGGGGCCCGGCGAGGACGCCGACUCCUGCCUCGCCGCGCUGGUGGAGGCGCUGGAGAAGGCCAAGGAGGAAGCGCUGAUGGCGAAGAAGAAGAAGGCCGAGGGGAGGGAGGAGGAGGAGGCCGGCGCCGCCGAUGAGGUCGACGGCGACGAGGAGGAGGAGGAGUAG